AGGGAAAUUAGUACAAAGUUGGAAAGAAUUAAUAUAACACAAAAAAAAGAUAAAAUUAUGAUGAACGAGGAAGCGGAAGAGAGCAGAACCGACACUACAUCCGACCCGUUUGAGAUUAAGUUCCCAUUGCCGGACCACCUUGAUCCGUCCAAGUGCCGAGAUGAGUUCCUCAGCACGAUAAUGGAGGAGCACGAACGCCGGUUGAGUCUGCAAAAGCUCGCAUCAACAACUCGGGCUCAAACGAUGAUCGAAAAUCUUGUGGAGACCGAGGAUCCGGGAUCCGAGAUCGAAAAGGGAGCCGAGGCCAUGGUGGUGCAACAGUUGGCCAGACGGCGCCAGAAAGUCGUCGGGAACAAGACCGUGGAGCAGUUCAUGGAAAGCAUUAGGAUGCGGUCCGUCCUUCUGGCGGAACUGAACAUCCAAAUCCAGAAGGCGGCCAUCGAGUUUCUAUCCGUGCGUCUGCUCAAGCAGUUGCGCCUUUUUUCGAGUCCCUGGCCGGGAGAGAUGGAUGAUGUACCCUACCACCUGUUCAGCUGGUCGUUGGAUCACUUCCUGACACGACUGGACAGCAACCAGAUGUACCUGGACGUAAUCAAUCGGGAGCGGAGCACGGAAGAUCUCGACUGUCUAAAGUUCCGAACCGAUCUUAGCGAAAUCGAACAAAUUAUAUACGAAAUUCGGGAAGACUUUAAAAGGGAUGAAAACCUCUGCCAAAAUAGCAUACAACUCAUACGCGAUUCCAAGUACAAUACAGAUGGGGCAUGGGUUAAGGGUCUACGGGAGAACCUCGAGAUAAAGGAAAACCUAAAGUAUGAUACCCUGGAUGACGAAUCAAGCGUUUUCCUUUUGAACAACCGUAAGACGCUGCUUUUGGGUCGUUUCGAAGAUCUUAGCGCUACUGAUCCGAUAGAGCUGCGUUACCAGAUCAACUGGGUAAACAGCUGUAUGGAUCAGAGGCUAAUGCUUCUAAAUGACCGGGAGGAGAUGUUGAAGAAGGAGCUGAUGGAUUCGGAAAUGAAGCUGAGACAGGACGAACUGGUGCAACAUAACUCCGUGUUAGUCUACGCCUGGGAAGUGGACAAGCUCAGGAGAAAUACAAGGGAGUGGCAAGUCAAGCUGGAUAAUGAUCUGGAAAAUGCGGAGGACAUGUGCACUAUAUCAAGGCUUGCUCUGCAGAAAGUCAAGGACGAUCUGAAGUUCUAUUUGGAGCAGGAGGAAAUGUACCGCCAAAGAAUAGCCGAGGUAAAGGAGCUCAUAGCCGCGGAGAAGAAAAUUCGGCAGCGAAAACAGGAAAAAACUGUGAACGAUGUUGAGGAAGCAGUAAAGGCCAUUGAGGCGGUUUAUAAGCCAGAGGAAUCCAAAAGGAAGUCAGCAAAAUUCUAAAGCUCAUCAAUAUUCGACAAAAUGUAUUUAUGUUGGCAACCCAAACAAAAUAAUCAAAAUCCCGUAAUACAUGAA